AUGGUCAGGCUGAGGAACAAUUAUAUCCUGCCCUGUCUCCACGGCUGUCCUCAUCCUCAGGUGGUCUCUGCAGGAGUGGGCAGGCCUCGAGUUAUUGUUGGCACCAGCGGGCAAUAUUUCAUCUUCUCCUCUCGACUCUGCUGCAAGGCCUGUCGAAAGACCUGGUUUGCCGACAGUCCACGAUGGCUUGAGAAACUUCCCAGGCGCUUCCCCAACCUUCUGCCUGCAUUCCUGACUUACAAGAAAGCCAUCUGUAAGUCUGUCAUGGAUGAGCUGAGACGCACCGGGAAGUCACCAACAGACAUGGCCAACCAGGUGAAUGAGCUCACGCACCUCAAGUAUGAGCGAGCUCACCUGGCAUACCUCCAAGCCAUCGGGAGUCUGAGAGUUGCUGAGGCUGGAGUGCACGGUCAGAGAACCAUUGGACAGUUCCUGAGGAAGGACAACCAGCCACGCGCUUUUGGGCCAUACGACAAGCAAGAUGGCUGGGAUGGAGUCUCUGUGUCCGGGUUCUACCCAACUGACUGCCUGCUGGAGGAGUUCAAACGCCAGGAGCCAGCAAUGUCCAGGCAUCUUCAGGGAACAUUUGGGCAUGUUUUCAGGUCUGACCACACCAGAAGAGUGGCAUGGAAGGUGACCUUAGCCUCAGGAGUCAUGUCCAGUUAUGCCGUGAUGAACGAACACUGGCUCAUUGUCUCCUGGGUGAUGGUUCAGUCUGAAAGUGAGAGGUCCCUGGAGCCGAUGUACGAGGGGAUGGCGAAGAGGUACAGCGACGCCGGAGUGGAAAAGGCAGGCUACCACUGGGUGGACAGGUGA